AUGUCAAUCUGGGGUCGCAGACAAGACCAUAAGCCCACGGAGCCAUCUGGCACACAAAAUGGGGAUGAACAUCGGCAUGCGCCAGAGGAAACAUUCGAAGAACCUACUGAGCGCUCAAGAUUACUUCCUGCAGAUAGUCAUGAGGGGUUUCUAAGCCCAGAUGAUCCCGCCGUAUCGCCCUACAAUCUAUGGAGCGUGCGCGCGGUGCACGGUGCGUCAGUUAUCGCAUUGGCAAUGAGCUUCAUAUGGUGGACAUUCCUGCUUGUCUCCAUAUUUGUCAGUCCACCGAUGAUCCACCCGCGAGGGUCGGGCUUCUUUGCCUUCUCAUAUACCACCUUGGCGACAGGAUACCUCGUCCUUGGACUCUUAUUUUUCGCAGUGCCAUCCAAGUCCAUGACAAUAUGGGCCAUUAUACUUGCCGUUCUACUUUUGGUUGAUAUGUUUAUUAUCCUGGCUGCGCCGCGGAUCCGUCUUGAAGAAGGCUGGGUAGGGAUUGCUUCUGUCGUCUGGGUAGCUUUGAUAUCUAUAUACCAGGCCAUCCAGAAUCGAGCAGUUGCUUGGGGUAAGCGCGAGGAGGAAGAGCGUCUUACUGGUCGAGAAGAGACUCGGCGCUCCCUACUGGAGUGGAUUGCUGUUUUCGCUGAGACGAUUCUAAUGGCUGCCAUGGCGAGCGCUGCCGUCAUGUUAACAGCCACUCUGAUCUUGCGUGCUUUCGACUCUGGGCUCGAGGCUCCAGGCGAGCGAUACUUGGUGCAUGCGGAUAGCUAUCAAGUUCAUCUCGCUUGUGUCGGGAACAAGACUGCAGACGACAAUGCACCGACGAUUCUUCUAGAAGGUGGCAAUGGACCAGUCGAACAUACAUUACAACCGUUCAUCGACGAUGUAUACGGCCGUGGCGGUAUCGGCAGAUAUUGUUACUGGGACCGACCAGGAUUCGGAUGGUCCGACAACGCACCCUCGCCCCAUUCCGCCGGCAUGUCAGCGGACGUGCUAGCCGAAGCCUUGGCUCUUGCAGGUGAGACAGGUCCAUGGAUAGUUGUUUCCGCUGGAGUUGGCAGUCUUUAUUCGAGGCUUUUUGCCAGUCGCAACCUUCUCGAAGUUCGGGGCAUUUUCAUGAUCGAUCCCCUCCACGAGGCAUACUUGGGAGACAUUGGGCGACCCGGUCGUGGGUUUUUGCUCUGGCUUCGUGGUAUCGUUUCUCCGCUGGGAUUCGAUCGGCUUGCGGGCGCUAUUUUACGCGGCCGUUCUCGCCAGGACCGCGUUAUCGGACGUUCGGCUUACCAGUCUGGAAAAUACAUCAAAGCAAAGCUACAGGAAAGCCUCGUGGCUGUCACCAUGACUGCCUCCGAGAUACAGUCUUCUCGCCAUAUCCAGAUGGGCCAUGCUCCUGUAGUCGUUGUGAGCUCUGGUCAAGAAGUCCGAAAGAAUUCGCAGUGGGCAGAGCGACAGGAGGAUCUGUCUCAUCUUACAGAUAAUCUUUUGUCUUGGGAUAUUGCUGACGAUGCACCCCAUGAAGUAUGGCAUACUGGACAAGGACGGGCGAUAUUGGAAAGACGUUUGAAGGAGCUUGUCCAAGAAAGUCAGGUACAAAGACCCAUGAGCAAGUGA